CGAACCGUCAAGCUCAUCUGCGCCAUGCUCGACUACACCCGGUUCCAGGACGUCUUCCCGGCGGACCUGCAGAUUCCGUACGACCGCAGGCUGCAGCACGAGAUCGACGACCGUCGCAAGAGCCUCGAUGGGACGCUCUUCAUCGACCGCGUCAUGAAGGCGCUCGGCAUCGCCAAAGCCAAAACGUACCCUCCCAAGUCCGAGAGCGCCCUGCGGCAGGUGCACCAGCAAAUCUGCGACGCCGGCAUGUCGAUGCACCACAAGCAGUCGCUGCUGUACUACAUCCUGCUCGACUUUGACGGCGCGAGCGGCCGCGACGCCGUGUCCGAGGCGUUUGCCAUGGGCACGGGCAUGCCCGGCACGUACCAGGUCUUUAUGAAGGGCCUGUGGUACAUGGACCGGCAAGACUACCAGCGCGCGCUGGAAUACGUGGCGCACCCGUCGCUGACGCCCGACUUUGCCGACGACAUCGUGGUCGCCCUCGUCCGCCACGCCGAGGCAAACGACUACAGCCUGGCGCUGGCGUACUACCACACGGUGCGACCGAUCCUCAAGACGUCGGAGGCGCUGGAGCUGCUCUUCGACGCCAUGGUGCGGACAGACGCGACCGAGGCGCUGCUCUUCUCGCGCACGCACCCGGGGCACACGCGCGAGCAGCUGUUCCGGCGGUGGAUGGGCGGCGUGCUCGACGCCGGCAAGGGCGACAAGGCGGCCCACGUGACGCAACUGGCCCUGAUGCCGUUUGACGCGACCGAGGAGGCGUGGUUCGAGGAGUACCUGACCCGGGGCGAGGGCCGGAACCUGCGCCGGGCCAAGGACACGCUGCUGAUGCGCAUGAUUGCGUGCGACCGGUUUGCGGACGUGAGCCGGGUCAAGGGCGGCGGCCCGUGGAGCGGCGUGAUUGACGGCAUCAGGAAGGGGAUCGAGGGCCUGGAGUGAGCGCACAGCACGGCGUUGGGGUGUACAUAAGCUGGGAUAAAGUCUUUCUACUGCCAAUUCCACUGCUAAAAUGGCGGCGUAUGGCAUCGAUGCUAUCGUGUCGUGCACGCUCCCGCUGUAGCC